UCACACUUUGUUCAAUAAUAUUAAGAUAGCAGAUAUUUUCAAUUUUGAAAAAUAUUUUUUUUUUUUCAGCAACAAAAAGUUUAGAAAUCAUACUUAAAAAUGGCAAAGCCAACCGCUAUCAAGGACGCUCUUCGAAUUUGGGAGGAGAAAAAUGGCAAAGAUCCAGUUACCGUCACCGAUAUUGGUUUACAAUUUCAAUUCCCUCCGAUCGAAAAAAUGGACAGUACACUUAAUACGCUUGUGAACUGUCGUAAAUUAAGCCUUUCUUCUAAUGCGAUUGAAAAAAUAACCGGUAUAAAUCAGCUUAAAAAUCUGCGCAUACUCUCUUUGGCUAGAAAUAACUUGAAGAAUAUUAACGGCAUUGAAGUACUUGGAGAAACUUUGGAAGAAUUGUGGGUCAGCUAUAAUAUUAUUGAAAAAAUCAAACCCAUUGAAUCCAUGAAGGUACUGCGCGUGUUUUAUAUAUCACACAAUCUUAUAAAGGAUUGGGCCGAAUUUAAUCGCAUGGCCUUAGCGCCUAAAUUGGAGGAAAUAUCAUUUUUGGGUAAUUUACUCAACGAAAAUAUGGAUGAGUUGGUUUUCCGAAAUGAAGCCAUACGCCGUCUGCCUCUGUUAAAAAAACUCGAUGGUGAGCCGAUAAUAAGGGGCGAUUAGUUGUCGAUAUAAAAAAUACAAGACUUUUGACUGAAAUAUUUUAUUACAUUGAAAAUUAUAAAUAACAGUAAAGCGUAUUUCCUCAAGUGGUUUCCA